AGUGACAACAACUGUUGGAACAAUUACAUUCAAAUCAUUAGUUCGCUAACCGAAUUGUAUUAUAGUAUUUUUAAUUUAUAAUUUGUUUUAUUAUGAUAUCAAUAGCAUCAAUAUUAAUAAAAAGUGUGUUCAUGUGAAAAGGUGGAUCAUUUUUAACAGUUUAAAAUGUUACGAAAAUGGAAAAUAUUACUUACAAACUGGAUUAACUGUUACUUUGAUAACAAUAUUCAAAAAGAUUUUUCAGUAACUGUUGAUUCUCUUCUAAAUAUCAUUUCUCAUUUACGAGAAAAUUUUAGUUUAGACGAGUCAAAAUCUUCACUGCUGGAUGCACUUACAAUUGAAGAUUUCAUUCUUGAAAAAUAUCCAGCUUUUAGAUUUGAUAAUGGGAAAGUUAAACCACAUACAGAGGAAGAAAUAUACUUAGCUGCCACUUUGCUUUUAUAUUUCGUUUGCGUUAAUUCAAAAGAUGUGAACAUAAAGAGUGCUAUGUGUAAUAAGCUAUGUGCAGCUGAUCAGGAAACUAUAUUAAAAUUUAGUAAAUGCUUAAUGCAAUGCCCUGUAAUCACAUCUUCAGAUGUUUUGGCAGCUAUUACAGAAGCCUGCGGGCAGGAUGUUGCUGCUGCCGAAGUGAAUCACAAUAAAGUGGCAGAAACACCCCCAGCCCUUCGUUCAUUACAUAGUGAAGUAAGACGACUACAGGCUGCACUGGACGCUGAGCGUUUUGAUCGGACCUUUCUUCAAGAUGAACUUACUCGGACUAAUUUAAAAAUGGACAAGCUUUUAAAAGACAAGGAGCAGUACAAGCAAGAUAUUAAUAACUUAAAGGCUAAGAUAUCUACAUGCUGUGGACAAGAGAUUGAAACUAAAGAUGAAGAGACUUCAAGCAACAAUACAGCCAAGUUACUUAAGCAGUUGGAGCAAACUGAACAGAGGUUGGUGAAUGUUCAGGAACAGUUGGAGGAUGUGCAAUAUGAGAGAGAUACAUUUAAAAAUAAGUUGGAUGAACUGAAGAGCGAGAGAGAUAAAUGGUACACUAUAAGUCAGCAAGAGUCUAACCGCGCUUUGCAACUGGUCGAAGAGUUGGACACAGAGCGUAGACAAGUACAUUCAUUACGUGAGUUGGUCACGGAACUGAGACAGCACAACCGUCUCAAUGGUUUUGAUACCAGUCAGCUGGAAUGUGAUGAUGUUGACACAAGUGUGCAAUCUUUGCCACAUAAUUCAUCUAUAUGUAGUGAGGCUUGCGCAAAUGUUAUCGAGGUCCAGCUUAGUGAGGAGCGCGCUAAAAUAGUGCUCCUUAAACAACAGAUGGAGAUGUUACAGGAUCAAUUAAAUGAUUUAAAAAAGAAAUCUGAAGAAGAAUGUCAAAGUUUUACUCAAAUUAUAAGCGAAAAAGAUACUGACAUCUUUAAUUUAAAACAUCGUAUUAAUGAGGAAAUAGAAGAAAGGAAUGCAUUAAAAUCUCAUUAUGAUAACGAGGUCACAAAGUUAAAUAAUGAGGUCAACGAAUUGGAGCAGAGGUUAAGAGAUACGGGUGAAAAUUCAAGGAGAAUAAUUGAUUCAAAAAUGAAGGAAAUUCAAAUAUUACAGGAGGAGAAAUUGUCGCUUCUGCAAAGCUUAUCUGACGAAAUAACAAAAUUCGACAACGUCAUUAAAGAUCUUAAAACAGAAAUAGAUACAGAAAAAACCUCUAAGUUUAAAAUGCGGGAUGAAUACGAAAAACAAAUGAUGAAGUUAAAGGAAAAGGUUUCAAAUAGAAAUAAUGAAUUGGUAGAGUUACAGAAUAAAAUCUUUGAAAAGGGUGAAAAGAUUGAGGAACUACAAGGUGAUCUAAGAAAUGAAAAAGAAUUGUCAAACAAGUAUCUCAUUGAGGUUAAAAACUUGAGUGCUCAAAUCCAAGAAUUUGAAAAUAACUUACAAGAAAAGGUUGGCGAAGUUUCAAAUCUAAAGGAACAAUUGCAACAAUAUGUUAUGUUCAAUGAGACUUUAAAUAAGGAUAUACAUCAUGUUAGGUCUUGUUUAUCAAAAUCUAAUAGAGAAAGCAAACAUUUAGAAGAAUGCAAUGAAAAAUUAAAUAUUGAAAUGAAUAAUCGAAAAACUAAAAUUGAACAAUUAGAGAAGGAAAUCGAAUAUCAAGGAGUUAUAUUUGACGAAGAAAAGAAAAAAUUACAGUACAGCCUAGACGAAAUUAAUGCAACAGUUGAUGCCUUGAAAAAUCAAUUGCAAAAUGAGAUUGAUUACAAAAUUAGCAUUGAAGAUGAAAGGCAGACUUUAUCGGAUGAUAUAAGUAAAUUAAAAAAAGAAUUAACAACAAUGAAAUCAGCAAAUAUAAAACUUGAUAAAGAUUUAAUUGAACAAAAAGAAUUUAAUGAAAAGCAAAAAGAGGAGUGCGAAAAAUUAAAAACAAUUAUUAAACAACUUAAUGAAAACGUAUGUGAAAAAGAGUCUGCUAUACAGCAAUCUAAAGAACUCUUGACGAAACAAAAAGAAGAAUUUGAUGAAGAUUUUCGCAAAAAAGAAGCAAUUAUUGAUUCCACAAACGAUACUUUAUUAUCUACAAUAGCAGAAAAAGAUAAUAUAAAACAUGAAUUAGAUAUGAUACUUACAGAAAAACAAGAUUUAUUAAAAAAUAUUCAUGACAAGGAAAAUAGUAUUGUGAUAUUGCAGACUAAGUUUGACCAGUUAUCUAAUUUAGCCGAUGAAAAAAAAAGUAUUAUAAAGGGACUUGAAGAAAAUAUAAUAGAGAAAGAUCAAGCAUAUGACAUCCUGCAAAAGAACUUUGACAUUCAAACUACUACACUUAUGACAAAAUUAAAUGAAAUGGAAGUAUCUAUAAAAGAAUUCAGAACAAAAUCUAAAAAUUGUGUCGAAAGUAAAGAAUUACAAAUAGAAUUACUAAAAUUGGACUUGGAAAAACUACAAGCAUUGCUACAAAGUGAACGUGAAAAAACAUUGAUCAUUGAAAGUGAAAAAACAAUUUUGAUGCAGCAGCUAGAUCACAUAAAUGCUUAUAAAAAUAGAAUCGAAAAUGAAUAUUUGAAUAAAUGUGCGACAUUAAACAAUACUAGCGCUCAAUUAAAUGAUGAUAUACUCAAGAAAAUUGAAGAGUUAGAUAAACUGAAGGAGGAAGUUGAAAUUUUAUCCAAAAAUAUUAGAGAUAAAACUGAAGAAAUAGAGAGUCUGAGGUGUAAAUCAAAUGAAUUAUUAGAAGAAAUCAACGAGAAAAAUAUACAAAAUAAGGAGUUAAGUUUAAAAGUUCAAAAAUUAGAAUGUUUGAUUGCAGAGUCUAAAGAAGAAUUAAAAAAGGUUAUGGAUAACAACUUGCAAGUAGUUGAGGCUUUACAAAAAGAAAAGAAUCAGUUACAUUAUACAAUAGAAGAAGAUAACAGCACUUAUGAAAUAAUGGUUAAAGAAAAAGAUCUAAUUAUAGAGAACCUUGAAAGGGAAUUACAAAACAAAGCAGAAAGUCUAGAACAUUUAAUGAAGGACCAUGAGAAUGAAAAAUUAGUGAUAGAAAAGUUUAAAAGCAAUAUGCAGGAACAAGUUAACACAAAGAACUCUCAAAUUAAAGAUUUAACUGAAAAAAUACACCAAUCAGAAGCUAGCUUGCAAGAAAAAGAACUAUUGUUGGACACUUUGAAUUCAAAAAUUAACAUUUUAACAGAUGACAAAGAUAAAUUAACUCUAGAAAUUAAUUUACUGAGACAAACAUGUUCUGAAAGUGCACACACAAAUGAUCUUUUGAAGGAAAAUCUUACCAUUGAAAAAGCUGAAAGAGAUGCUCUUGAAACUGAAAAACAAAGUUUAAUUAAAGUAAACGAAGAAUUAUUAAGAAAAGUAACAAAUGUCGAAUCUGAAUACAAAAAUGUAGUAUCGGAAAGAGAAAGUUUAUUAAAUGAAAAAGCUAUUUUAGUGCAACAAAUUAUGGAAGAAAGGUCCAUUUUAAAAAUUGCAGACGAAGGGAAAGAAGCUUUACUAGCAGAGAAAAGGAAAAUAGACCAACAGUUAGAAGAAUUAAGAGAAGAAAAUAAUUUGUUAGCACAAGCAAAAGAUUGUCUCACUCAACAGCUUGUGGAAGAAAGACAUUCUAAAGAAUUGGCAGAACAGGAAAAACAAAAUAUUAGCGAACUGAAGGCAGAUUUAGAAACUAAAUUAAAUGACGUAACAAGAAUUAAAUUUGAUUUACAAGAAAAAAUUCAUAUCUUAACAAGUGACAUCGAUAUUUAUACCAACAAAUAUGAAACCGAAAAAUGUUUAAGUAUAAGUUUGAAUGAUGAAAUUAACAACUUAAAACAAGAAAUAGGAAAAAUAUCAAAUGAAUAUGAAAAUCUUAUCUCUAAUUUGAAAGAUUCAAAAAGAGAGUUGCUAGAUCAGAAAAAUACUAUAGAACUUUUAACUAAUAACCAAGCAAUACUUGAACAAGAAAAAGAAUCAUUGAAGAUAAUGUGCGAUGGUUUAAGAGACAAAAUGCAAAAAGUUAAUGAAACACUUACUGCAGAAAUUAACGACAAGCAAGAAGAAAUAAAUGUACUUAAUAUUGAUAUUAAUUCAAUGAAAUCUGACUACAAAACUCUAGAAGAAAGUAAUAAGCAAAUUAACAAUAUUCUUAAUUGUGGGUUUAACAAGAUAUUAGAUAAUAUUAAAAAGGAUGGAAUAUGCUUAGAUGUUCUACAAAAGUUAGAAAAUUUUGAAAAACAAAAUAUUCAGACUGAUGCGUGUUGUGACGUCCUUCUAAGUAUCAUUUCUGAUUUAACCUCGGAGAUAGCAAUGAAGAAAGACAUGGAAAAUAUUUUGAAAGAAAAAGAUUCAUUUGUUAAAAAUGUGUCAGAACUCGCCGAAAACAAGGAGAAACGUAUUGCACAAUUGGAGGAUCAGAUUCGGGACCUUCAAAAACUUUUUGACGAAUCUAAGAAAGAGAUCUCUAAACAAAUUGACUCAUAUAACACAAAGAUAGAGUCAAAAGUAAGAGAAAUCACACAGUUACAGUCGGAAAACGAAUCGCUCAAUAUCGAGCUAAAUGAUCUUAAAGUUCAAUUAGAUGUCAAAGUUCAUUCCCUGAAAGACAAACUUGUUGAUAACGAGAAUUUGACGGAUAAGCUGAAGGAGACGUAUGAAAAUCAGAUAGAUAACUUGAAUAUGAUGAUAUCGAAGCUAACCAAUUACUUGAAAGAGAAAACAACAGAAUUGGAAGUUAUGAGGGUUGAAAAGGAAAGAUUACAACAUACUAUUGAAGACAGAAAUAUAGCUCUAACAUCUUUGGAAAAUGAUUUAAUAAUUCAAAAGCAGAAUCAAGACAAACUCAUAUCGGAAUUCGAAUCUGAAAGACUUGUACUUAAAAAUAUGAUCACAGUUACUGAAUCUGUUAUGGAAGACCAGAAAAGUAGUCUUAAUAAUAUUAUAUCUGAACAUGUUAAAUCAAAUGAAGCUUUAGAAAGGGAAAUAAUAACACUGAAAGCCAUAAUCGAUUCUGAAAAAACUAAAUUUGAAACUGAACUAAGAGAAAAUGAACUGAAAGCGAAGACAGCAUUUGAUGCAGUAUUUAAAGAUUUAAGUGAUGUGCGUAAAGAAAAGGAAAUAAUAGAAGAAGAUUUUGAAUCUCAAAUCGAAACUCUUAAUAAUAAAGUUACAUCACUAGAGCAAGGUGUUCUAGAGAAAACUUGUAUAAUAGAUACAAUGAAAGACGAAAAUAAAGAUUUGAUUGAAAAGUUAGAGAAAUAUAAAGAAGAUAUUGUUUUCUUAGAAGAAAAAGGCAAUGAAUGGAAAAUUAAAAAAGACAGCAUUGAAGUUGAAUAUGAAAGCAAAUUAAAAAAAAUAGACGAGGAUUUGGGAAAGCAAUGUAAACAUGCAAAUGAAUUGGAAGUUUUACUUGAAAACAAAUCAAAAGAAACCAAUGAAAUGGAAAUGAAAGUACACAAUCUUGAAGAACAGAUAAAGAAAAUAGUUGAAGAAAAAGAAGUUAUAGAAUCAGACAAAAGUAAAUAUGUUAAUGAAAUUACUGAAUUAAAGGCAGAUUUAGAAAAACGUGUUAUCAAACAGAAUGAAGUGUGUACAGAAUUAAAGAAUGAAAAUAUGGAACUCCUUCAAGUAAUUAAAGAGAAAAAUUUAGAAAUUUUAAAAUUAGAAGAAUGUCUGCAUUCACAAAUGACACAACAAAAUGAAGACAAUAUAAAAGAAAAAAUAAAUCUCGCAAACAAAUGUUCUAUUUUAGAGGAAUAUCAAGGAAAAGCAGAAACUGAACUAGAAAAUCGUCAAAAAGAAAUACUUAUUCUUCAAGAAGAAAUAAAAACAUUAACCACUAAAGCUUCUGAGGAAGUGACUCAGAGAGACAAAAUUAUAACUGAAAUCAAAGAAGAGAAGGAUGCUUUAAUAAACAAUUUAAAUGAACAAUUAAAACAAUUACAAGGUUCCGUAGAUGAUUUGAAAACCCAAGUGAAAAUAAGGGAAGCAGACAUUAAAAUUAUUACAAACAAGUUAAAUGAAAGAAACCAGCAGGAGGGCAUCAUUAAAACAUUACGGAAAGAAAACGAAGAACUGUGUAAAGCGAUGGGGCAAAUUGAGACUUUUGCCGUUGUAAGUCAAGAUAAGUCAUGUCCCAAAUAUUCUGGACAAGCUGACACAAAUCACCGCGACCUUCACCUACAGGUAGAUAACACUUCACCAGACACACAUUCGUCCAUAGAAAGCUAUAAAACCAUAUCUGACUUAGAAAAAAUCAUUCAUGACAAAAACCGGACCAUUACAACCCUUCAAAGUGAUAUCACCUAUUUAAAAUCAUUGAUAGCUGAAUCUGAAAACAAACUUCUAGACGUUUCCAAGGACUUGGAAAUGAGCAAAGAAAACUGUCAGCAACUAUCGAAUCAGCUCAAAAAAAUUGUUCACCAAAAGAAUGAAGAAAUAGCCGAGCUCAAAAAGCAAGUGACCAAAAUGAGUGUCACUGAAAACAGAGCUAGUCAAAUUAUUAAGGUGUCCGCCAAAUAUCAAGCGAUAAUAUUGAAGAGAAUAGCGGAAAUCAAGUCGAAUACAGUACUUAAGGAGUUGACGAACUUCGGCAAUUCGAACACUGAUAAUGACAUCAGACGGAGCUUAAAUGCAGGUACUAUCACGAUGGAAGACUUGGAGAACUUCUUGGAAACUACCGAGAGGCAUAUACGGCGCUGUUCGGAGAAACAGAUCAUAUUGCAAAAAGAAAGGGAUAGACUGAGCGAUGUUAACAGGAUUAACGAGUCAGAAAUAAUAAACAUGAGGAAGUUCCUAACGGAAUUGUCCGUCAGCAUAAAGACAUUUAACUCAGUGAGGGAAUUGUACACUCAAAAACUGAGCAGAGUUAUAUCUAUACAGCGGACGGUCAGGCGAGAGAUAUUGAGUCUCGACGGCCAUAUAACGGACGCCACGAUGUGUAAGUUGGAAAGAGGAUACGCCGCGGUGAUGCAAGAUUUAUCCGAAUGUGCGUUGAAUCUAGAGAGGUGGAUCGAGCGCUGCAUCUCGAGGACUAUAUCCUCGGAAAAAAUCAAACAGGCGUUCACAAGUGACGCAGACCGUGUGUCCCUCGCCUCCGGGAGCUUCCAGAACGCGAGUUUGGAAGUCCAGUUGGACGAGUUACAGAAUUCAUUCCAGAAGCUUUUAGAAGAAAUUGCCCGAGCGCAGAAGGGAGAGGGUGCCAAAGAUCCCCAAUCCGUAACGGUGAUGGAGGUCCGUGCGGAAUACGAGGACAAACUCAACAGGAUGAAGGCGAAAAUGAAACAACUCUGUCACGAGCAGAUAGCAUUGUUUAAGGAGAAACAUAGAGAGGAAGUGGAGUCCCUUGAAUUAGAACUGCAGAAAGCCCAUCACAAGUUGCGCGAGUCGAGUAGAGCGUAUGAGGAACACAUCAAAAGUCUAACGACGGACCUUUGGAAUGUCGGUGAGAAGUUCCUAGUGAAGAAGGACGAAGCUGAUUGGUUGAGAAAGAAGCAGAAAUAUGGUUCUCUGAUGUCAUUACAGCACGUACACUCGUCCGGUCUCGCCUCUCAGCCGGAGGAACCGUCUCGUCCCUCCGACACGCACUCGUUACGAUCCUUGCCCGUUUCUAAGAAUAACCCUAAAUCGGAGGCGCGCGCGCUGCAGAUGUCGGACGAGGAGGGCGAGGUGUUCGACAACCGCUGCCUGCGCGAGCUGCGCACGCCGCACGAGCCGCGCCGCCUGUCCGAGCUGCGCUGGCGGAACUCGCUGUGCCCGCCGCACCUCAAGAGCUCCUACCCCGCCGAGACGCAGUUCGCGCCCGCCGUGCACGAGGACGACAUCAAGUGUACGGGUAAUAUGUCGCUGGGAGGAAAGCAAAGGAAGGAAGUUGGCAUCACGGUAUACAAGAAACCCGGCCCACCGACACCCAGCAAACAAGCGGGGAGACUUUCUGCAACUGAUUCUGAACUUCGACAGUCGCUUCGAGUGGACGUGGACCCUUCAGCUUCCCGCAAGACGAGCACGCCAUCACGAAUUCGAUCACUAUUUCGUUCCUCUAAAAAUGAUACAACAGAAGGCACACCUCGCAGCCGACGAUUAAGUAACAUUUUUAGAAAGAAAUGAAUACAACUCAUCCUGUUUUGUUUUAUGAUAUUUUUCGAUUAAUACAUUUUAUUAAUUUAUUAUUUUAAAGAUUAA